AUGGCUCCAACGGAUACGAAAAAGGCGCCUGCGGCGGAGAAGUACACCCGCGAAUACAAAUUAUUGGACCGCGAACUGGUUCGUCUUCAUCGCGAGGCCAAGAAGCAUAAUAACUAUUAUGUGCCUCCGGAACCGAAGCUUGCGUUCGUCCUGCGAAUUCGUGGUAUCAAUGGGAUUCAUCCGCGUGUUCGGAAAACUCUCCAGUUGUUCCGUCUGCGUCAGAUCAACAACGGAGUUUUCGUGAAACUUAAUAAGGCCACUCUCAACAUGCUUCGUAUCAUGGAGCCGUACAUCGCCUGGGGUUAUCCCAAUCUCGCUACCAUCCGAAAAUUGAUUUACAAACGUGGAUACUGCAAGUUGAAUUAUCGGCGCACACCGAUCACGAAAAACACCACAAUUGAGCGCCGACUCCGCUCCAAGAAUAUUAUUUGCGCGGAAGAUCUUGUCCACGAACUAUAUACCGUUGGACCGAACUUCAAGCACGCCUCCCGGUUCCUUUGGCCAUUCAAGUUGAACACCCCGACUGGGGGCUGGCGCAAGAAGGCGAACCAUUUUGUUGAGGGAGGAGACUUCGGCAACCGCGAAGACAAAAUCAACGAACUGCUCCAGCGGAUGAUUUAA